CAUUGCAAAGAUGCCUUUAAUCUCCCUGCCCAUCUUUCUGUUGUUAAUUAGUGGCAUUUUUGGUCAUUAUGACUACGGUCCUGCAGAUGAUUAUGGUUAUGAUCCUUUUGGGCCAUCUGCAGCAAUGUGUGCCCCAGAAUGUAAUUGUCCUCUCAGCUACCCUACUGCCAUGUAUUGUGACAACCUUAAGCUGAAAACCAUCCCCAUCGUCCCAAGUGGAAUAAAAUACCUUUAUCUUCGAAACAAUAUGAUUGAGGGCAUUGAAGAGAACGCAUUUGAUAACGUAACAGACCUGCAGUGGCUGAUCCUGGAUCACAACCGUCUGGAGAAUUCAAAAAUCAAGGGAAGAGUCUUCGCUAAACUAAAGAACCUGAAGAAACUUCACAUUAACUACAACAAUUUGACUGAAGCCGUCGGACCUCUCCCCAAAACUCUGGAUGACCUGCAGUUAAGUCACAACAAGAUCACCAAAGUCAGCCCUAGUGUCCUCGAGGGCUUGGUGAAUCUGACUAUCAUCCACCUCCAGAACAACCAGCUGAAAGCAGAUUCUAUUUCUGGAGCUUUUAAAGGCCUGGAUUCACUUCUGUACCUUGACUUAAGCUUCAAUAGCUUUACAAAACUACCAACAGGACUUCCUCACUCCUUACUCAUGCUGUAUUUUGAUAACAACCAGAUCUCCAACAUCCCAGAUGAGUACUUCCAAGCUUUUAAAGCCCUGCAGUAUCUGCGUUUGUCUCACAACAAACUGAGUGAUUCUGGAAUACCAGGCAACGUCUUCAACAUCACCUCCCUGGUUGAGUUGGAUCUCUCCUUCAACCAGCUGAAGAGCAUUCCAACUGUCAGUGAGAACCUGGAGAACUUCUACCUCCAAGUCAACAAAAUUAGCAAGUUCCCCCUGAGCAGCUUCUGUAAGGUUGUUGGGCCAACCACCUAUUCCAGGAUCACACAUCUGCGCCUGGAUGGAAACAACAUCUCUCGAGCUGACCUGCCCCAGGAGAUGUACAACUGCCUGCGGGUGGCUGCUGAGAUUUCCCUGGAGUGAGACAACUGGCAGCAUCCAGUUCCCUUCUAGGGGCAAUAACUAGAGGAAUUACAUCAUGGUAGCUCUUUAAAAGUAGGAUAUGCCUUCAAGCAACCAACCAAGUGCCAAUUUCUGUAUUGUCCAUUCUGUUGGUUAAUAUUUAGCACGCACUUGGCAGCCUUCAGAAAACCCUGUGUGUGUAUUCUUACUACCUGUUGUGUUUAGAAAGCACAAGAAUGACCAAAAUGUGGAGCAAAAAAAAGAUAUGCCUGCAUCUGGCUAGGCAAAACAUUCAGCUUUAUAGGUAUCUGUGCCCACGGAUGCAAUACUUGCCAGCUGGUGCCAGGCUUAGGCGGAAGUCAGCUGGGUUUCAGCAGGGUGCUGGCCUGUGUAAAUAGAAGAAUCCUUUCCAAGCCUUCCAGCUUUCUUAAUUAUUCACACCUUCUUCAUAUUAUUAUUAUUAUUAUUAUU